AUGAAAGAAAGAAGGUGCAGACAAGUUGAAGAAGAAAGGGAGGAGGAAGAAGAUGAUGAACAAGUUGCCAUGGCAGUGAGUAUGCUCGAUCUAUCAAGUCAAGGCAGCCACUGUGGUUCACAAGUCGGCCGUGGCCUGUACGUGGACAAAUGUAGGCAGUCUCGGGGAAAAAAUCUUUUAGAAGAUUACUUUAUCCAAAAUUCGUUGUACUCUAUUGUUGAUUUUUUAGGGCGAUAUAGAAUGCAACCCUAUUUGUUCAAUAAAAUCAUGCAAGAUGUUUGCAAUUACGACGCAUACUUCGUUCAGAAGUGUGAUGCUACUGGGAUUUUGGGGCUUUUUCUGGAGCAAAAGCUUACAGCUUCUUUAUGGAUGCUAGCAUUUGUCACAUUUGCAAAUCAGGUGGAUGAGAUUGCUAGGAUGCGAAAAUCCAUUAUCCUAGAAAGCUUGGUCACAUUCUGUGAUGCAAUCGAAACUCUCUAUAUGAGGGAUUACCUUUGCAAACCUACAUCUAUAAACCUCCAAAGGCUUCUACAAAAAGCUAAGAGUCAAGGUUUCCCAAGCAUGAUUGGAAGCAUCGACUGUAUGCACUGA